CCAAACACUUCGUGGGCCAAGCGCAUCUUUGACUUUGUUUGGGGUCGUCUCCUGAUACCUGCCAAACUGUAAUAAAUAUUUGAUGACUAUUCUAUGUUACUGCCUAUUAAGUUGAAUGUCAAACCCCCGGGAGCAAAUGCUUGUAUGGUAUUGCUGAGGAAAAUGUCGAACUCGACCCACUUUAAUGUUUUCACCCCGAAAGGCUCAUCUUAGAAUGGACAAAUUCAAGGAAUGGGAUCAGGCGCCUGUAGAAGUGGCUGAAGACAGAAGUGUGGCAGUCGAGUGCCCAGGAUGGGACCAGAGCUGCCAAAUACCCAACAGGGGCCAUGUCGAUGCCCUUUUGGAUAUCAGCGAUGAUACCUCAUCCAAAGAGCAGGAGCCAUUUGAGUUUCUCUGUCUCUCCGGAUGGGAGGAAGCUAUUCGGGGCUGGGGUAGAACUUCUCCACUUGGCUGCCUGGUUCAGACCCAGAGGAGAGGAAAGAGGGUCAAGACUGGAGACACAGACCACCACUGCCACCUGUGUGUGGACCUUGUGAAGCUCUCUGACCCCCCUGACUCUGAAUCCAGUUUAACCCACUCCCCUGAGUCCUUCUGGGACUCCACCCUGGACCCAUGGGCGAAAAGCUCCCCCACAACCCUGGGAGACUUCCUGAACAGACCCUACAGUCACACCUCUAGCAUCUCUUCAGAGGAGUCCCCACCAGAGUCCUUCAGGGACCUUCAGAAAGCCACACAGCAACUGACACUCCGAGACAAGAUGAUGGAGGACAAGGCUGAGGUGUGUGAGAUCAGUGACUCACUGCUGGGCUCGGCCCCCUCGCAGGGUCACCACCACUCAGCCUCAGAGUGUCCCAUGACGCUGAUCAUCAACAGCUUCGCCGUCCUACCGCCCGUGAAGGCCUCCCAGCCCAGACACCCUAAGGUCACCAGCCAGCUCCAGAGGGGGGAGGCUGGACCGGGACGCAUCGCCUCAGACGGGGAGACCGCAGAGGCUGGGUCAGACGGUGUCACGCCUGCCUGGGAGAGCGGAGGAGGUGUGGAGAGCCAGCAGAGUCGCCACCUGUUGUCUGCAUUCAGCAUCCCUGUCCCCAAGAGAUGUGACAUGCCCCUCAGCACACUGUCAGAUCCUCUACCCCGCGCCACCUACCCCCUGGACAGACACCUCAGACAGGAUCCCCGGACCAGCAGUGCUCAUAGACUCUACUUUGGACUGAAGACCAAGAUCCUAAAGCGUGCAGAGCCCCAGCUGCCCAUUCUGUUUGGAACCAGGGUGCCCAUCCCAGCCUCUGCACAGAGACUACUCUGAACAGACUGUUACUUCGCACUCCAUACUCUCUCCCAACCCAAAAGCUCAGCCUCUGUGGGUUUGUGAUUAAAAAGAAACUUUGUGGAAUUUCUUCAUAUUUUUUGUAUGAUAUUGAUGAAUGUAUUAAAAAAAAAGCUGUGACUAA